AUGGAAGGCUAUGGGUAUCCAUACCCCCCGCCGUUCCCGCCUAUGCGACCCCCGGAGGGGGAAUACCCUGAUCAUGGAGAUGGUUUUGGCGAGUAUUAUGGACUCGGCAGUUUGACUGAGGAUCGGGAAAGAGGAAGAAGGAGUAGAUCAAAACAACGAAAGCGUAAAAGCAGAGAUUCAAAACGUUCUCGAAGUCUCAAUGUACGGACGAAAUCGCGGUCGAGGUCUAACUCGCGUUCUAGGACGCGAUCGAAGUCGCGGUCCAGAUCCAGAUCCAGAUCGCGGACCAGAACACGGUCCCGAUCUCGAUCCCGUACAAGAACUAGAAGCCGAAGCCGGAGUCGAAGCCGAAGUCGUACGCACUCUGGAACAAGGACACGAGAAUUGAACUAUAAGGAACCAGGAUUUCUGGACGCUUUCAGAGUUUUGUAUCUUUCUCCAAGCAAACACAAGAAGAACCCGUCAAAAUACUUGGCAACGAAAAAGCGACAGGACCGCAUACAGGAGAUCCUCAAAAGUGACGGUUUGGGGUCCAAAAGGUGGCUGUUCUACCCUCGGGUCAAAAAUAGAAGCGAAGCCGCUGCUAGCACGGUUACUGGGACCAGGGAUACUGUGGAUCAGAGAGUCAAGGUCGAUGCGGAUUUCUUCAGGAAAUACAAGAGGAGCAAGAAGGUUGACAGCGACGCGCCCAUAGCGAAGCUGAAGCGAUGGGAACUGAUAUUCUAUAAGAAGCUGGGCUUUAUACAGGCUGCGUGA